AUGGCCCCGACUCCUGGGUUCAACGCCGAGGUUGACGAGCAUCUCAAGCUUCUCAGCCGCGAUGAAUCCAAUGCUGCGAACUCAUCCUCGAAUGGCAAGCCGCAGCUGCCAGAAGAGGUGGUCACCGCCCCACUCUUUUCCAUUCCUGCACGUACAGUUCUCUCAAUCGAAUACAAGAGAAAGUACACGAAGAAUACCGAUGAUUCCGUGUUUCCUCAAUACGGCCUCCUCGGUCAUCGUGUCGACGACUCCCGGGAUGUCAUCCAGAAUUCUCUCGUGUAUACCAACACGGCGGCUCCUUGGUCGACGUUUAUCUGUGGAAGCCAAGGUAGUGGAAAGAGCCAUACGCUUUCGUGCCUGCUAGAGAACUGCCUGAUUGCGUCUUCGCCUGCCGGAAGAUUGACUGCACCGCUCGCCGGUGUGGUCUUUCACUACGACAAAUUCACGGGCUUCUCAAAUACCCAGCUCUGUGAGGCUGCAUACCUUUGCUCCUCUAAGAUUCCAGUCCGUGUCCUUGUCUCUCCGACAAAUUUCCAGGCAAUGAAGAGCGCAUACACAACUCUGGCGGGGUUGGGAAACGUUUCCAACAUGCUGAAGGUUGAGCCGAUGUACCUUCCAAUGAAGGGGCUCAACAUCAGCAUGGUGAAAACGUUAAUGGGUGUUGAUAACAUCUCAGAACAGCCUCUCUACAUUGAAGUGAUGAUGAAGAUUCUUCGGGAUAUGGCGAUUGCCAAUCAAGGCCGAGAGAGAUUCGACUACGGGAUGUUCCGGAGACAACUUGAUGCCGAGAACCUCAUGAAAGGCCAGCAGGUUCCCCUACAGAUGCGGCUGGAUGUUCUCGAAUCCUUCUUCGAGCCGGGAACAAUGCCGAACGGCAAAGGGAAGCCCCAGAAGAAGUCCCGUACAGAUGAUAUCUGGAAAUUUCCCAAAGGCACUCUGACUAUCAUUGAUCUGAGCUGCCCAUUUGUUGGCCCGGAUGAUGCAUGCGCACUAUUCAAUAUCUGCAUCUCACUUGCCCUAAAGGAUUGCCAUGAAUCGGGUAGAGUCCUGGCGUUUGAUGAGGCACACAAGUUCUUGACCGCAACGUCAUCCGAAGCAAUGGAGUUGACGGAAACCCUCCUUUCCAUUGUGCGACAGCAACGUCACUUGGGGAUACGCGUCGUCAUCGCCACCCAAGAGCCUACCCUUUCACCCACCCUCCUCGAUCUUUGCAAUUUGACCAUAAUCCACCGGUUCACCUCCCCAGCCUGGUUCAAAGCAAUCAAAGCUCACAUCGCAGGGGCCACCGAAAAUGCCGAGGCCAAAGACGCCUUGGAGCGUGAUCUCUUCCGAAAAAUCGUUCAGCUUCGUACAGGCGAAGCAUUACUUUUCUGCCCGACUGCACUGUUGAAUGUCAUGAGACGAGGUGAUGCGGAUGGCAGGGAGUGGGACUCUAGCGACGCCGACCGGAUUACGGAUGAUGAGGAUUUCACAACUGGAAACCAUCAUGCCGUUCAACUGGGGGCUGGUCAUGUCCGUGUUCGUGUGCGCAAGCGUGUCACUGCAGACGGUGGUCGAAGUUUCAUUGCGCAGUGA